AUGGCCACUGGCGUUACGUAUCAUGGAGCUGUCAAGGACAACGAUCCUCGACGCGAUCAAGGCAGGUCCCACGACUCCGUUCCCGGGACGAAGGCGAUUGCUAACCAGUUGGUCAUGCAGAGCAACGGUGGCAUCGUCGCAAUUCUGGAGAAAGAUGCCGAUUUUAUGAUUGCAGACCAUGCAAGAAAAGACACACUCACCGGUUCUUUGUCGUGGAAGUUUGUCACCGAGUCUGUCCACAACGGCGCUAUCCAAUUGGAGGAUCGAUAUCGCAUCGGCCCCGACCCAGAUAUUCCCCGGCCUUCAGGUUCAGGUCAACCGACGAAGACGACAAGAACACCAUUUACUCAUGAGGAAGAUGUUCUGCUGGCCCGGUUUUUGCUGUCCCACCCGGAUCACCAGACAGGCAAUAACAUUUAUCACGACCUUGGCCUCAAGCACCCCCAACAUCCCUGGCAGUCGUGGAGGAGUAGAUUUGUGAAGAAGAUGAAGCCCCACGGCCUGGCCUAUCUGCAGCGACUCGCUGGUGAGGAGGUUGGAGCAACUGGCGAGCCCACGGAUCCUCCGGUCACACCACGCCCGAAACUGCCGACGCAGUCAAAUGUGGCCUGCAGCUCGCCAACCGCCCUGGAUCAGACUAGAGCUGAACCGUCGUCGGGGAAACUUCCCCAAAUCACGACGCCCAAUCGACAGAACACCCAGCAGCAAGGGCACACACCUGAGCCAAGGAUACCUGCUGCAAGCCGCCCCCUAGUCGCCGAGACAAGUCCUUCUACCGCCACACAAGAAGGUACGCAUCAGUCUGCCAGACAAAUAACACCGGAAUGUGCCCUGAUCCAGGCCGAUGCCGGAUUAGCUGCGGAGCAGUCUCGAUUCUACGGCGAUCUGAAGGAUUAUGCUGAAGCGGUUGGCUUGGAUGUCGAACUAGAAAACCGGAUCGGGGACAAGAUCGUUGACCUCUAUGAGUUGAGCCAGGCUGUCCUUGCACAAAAGGUACCCAUUAUUGAAGUGGACUGGAUGAGGGUUGCCGAGGACCUUGGAUAUGAUUGGAAUAAGGGGCAACAGGUGUUGCGUGAAUUGCAGACCUAUUACGACGAAAACCUGGCCGAGUUUGUUGAUGGGAUGGUGUCAUUCAAUGAAGAGAAAGUCAUCGAAGAGCGGGAGCAGGAGCCAGAGCCAGAGCCAGCGCAAGAACGGAUCCAAGACCAGGUGAAGCAGCAAGGGCAGGAACAGGAACAGGGGCCAGGGCAAGAACAAAACCCCGAGCAAGAACGGAACCAAGGGCAUGAAAAGGGGAGGGGACGGGUGCAGGGGCGGGAAAACGGCCGAUCCCUCGAAGUCAACAUUUCAUCCCCGACCCCAACUCGGUCGAUGGGCAGAAAGAGACCAUUGGAUCAUGUUGAUCAAAUUGAUCAACGACCUGCAACUGCUUCGCCGCAGAAUGUGGGUAAGCGACGACGAACCGGUACGAACGAAGGGUCCCCAUCCACACCGGACCGCCAGACUCGUUCUACACGCCGUUCCCGAACCUUGCAGCCUGCUUCUCCCGGUGUUUCCCAUCUCACGAAUGCGGCACAGCUGCAGCGGGUCGAUGCAUCACAGCGUCAGGAUGAGGCGAAAGAAUCUGAAACACAAGGGGGCGAGGUCACGUUUGAGACCCAAGUUCGGUUGCCAGCUAGGCUCGAAAUCGAAAGUCAAGAGGGCUCCUUGAAUGUGACGCCAUCUCAGCAGCUACAAACCGAAGCGCUGGAACUGAGCCCCAUUCCUAUACAGCUGGAUAAAAGACCCACUGACGUUGACACGACACAAGCUGGAAGAAGCCCGUCCCUUGCACGCUACAGUCGAGAGCGGUCUCCGCAGCGGACGGAAAAGCCGGCGAGGCGAACACUUCCAGGGUCGUUUGCCUCCUCAGCCCAGGCUGAAGUAUCGGGGCCGGCAAAUCAAGUAGCAGCCGAGGAGAAUAGAAUGGCGAUUAGAGAGGUGUACGAAUACUACCAGUCUCUGGGGUACCCUCAACGUAUCGUCCUCCAGAGCAUGAGGUGUACGACAAUGGUUCCGAAUACCGCUGCUAGGGUGAUGCAGAGACUGUUGGACGGAGAAGGGUUGCCCACAAAUUGGGAAGGUGUCUGGACCGACAAGGACGAUGCUCGGCUACGUCUUGUGGACGCCAUCAACAGUGCACAGCCAUCCCCAGAUUCCAAGGAAGCGCGAAAAGCAAGGCGAAAUCUGGAUUUGCUAGUGCAGAAGCACGGGCAAGAGAGGAUCGACUUGAGAAGGAGAUAUCUGGAUGCAGUGCUGGCCUAUAAUGGAAUUUUAUAA